UAUCCAGACCUGGGAGAAGCGACUGCCCUGCUUGUCUGUCUCCACACAGCAUGGGCCACCUCCUGUCCAAACAGCCACAAGUCCAGGUCCUUCUCCUCGGUCUGGAUAAUGCCGGCAAGUCGACACUCCUCUACAAAAUGAAGCACAACGUGAGCGUCAGCACCGUCCCGACAAUCGGCUUCAACGUGGAAAUGCUGGAUGCCAGGAAGAACAGGAAGCCCAUCGUCGUGACCCUGUGGGACGUGGGGGGUCAGCGGAAGAUGCGCGAACACUGGCAGAAGUACCACCAGAACGCAGCGGCCGUGGUGUUCGUGGUGGACGCCUCGGACCGUGCGCGCCUGGGGGAGGCGCGUGCGGAGCUGGAGAAGACGCUCCAGAGCGAGCAGCUGCGCGGCUGUCCGCUCAUCCUGCUCGCCAACAAGCAGGACGUGAGUGGCGCGCUGACCAUCACCGAGCUCAAGGACAGGUUCAAGCUGAGGAAGAUGUGCUCGGGUCGGGACUGGUUUGUUCAGCCCUGCUCCGCCACGAUGGGAGUUGGAGUAGAGGAGACCUUUAGGAAAGUGGUCCAAAUGGCCAGAAUCCCCCCGGAGGCUGUGUAGGACAAUAUCAAGACCCGGUGCACUUUAAUGGAGCAGCAGACAGUGAGCUUCAUUUAUUUCAGUUCAUUCAGAGUCACCACGUUUUAAAC